CCUCCAUUAAAGAAAAGUUGAAACUUGAAAAAAAAAACAGAGCAGUAUCCAAGCACCAAACAAGCCAGUCAACGAAGGGAUGCGAAAGCCAAGUAGGAAACUCUAUCCACAAAUCCACCCAACUCAGCUUAAAAUGAUUAAACAAUAUAGUACAGCCUACAAUCAAGCAUCCUUCUUCUCAGCUCACCACGUGUCCCUCCAACUCAACACGUACCCGUCGCCGGCCAAUCACGGCGUCGCGUGCCUGACACUGACAGUAAAAUAUAACCCACGCUCCACUCGGCGGCGGGCCCCACGACGUCUUAUCCAUCCAGAAAGAGAGACCCGCAAAGCAAGCAAAGGCGGCCCGCCGGAGUUGUGGCAUCUCUCCCUCCACGUGACGCACAGAGGCCCAGUCUGAGUUGCCAGUGGGCCACAGGCCCAGCUCGGAUCAUUAAUGCUGCCAAUUUUGCUGCCGUCAUCUCAUCCCCCCAAGGCUGAAAAAAUGAGGCUCCCGGUCUUUAAUUAAUUUUUUAUUUGAGGUAAAUACAUUUACACGGUGGGGGUGCUUUCGGUAUUUUAUAUCACAGGCACUUCCGACAGGACCAGGCACGUGACAGCCGCCAUUUUGGGUGGAGUUAAAAAAGGAGAAACGGAGCAGAGUAGCGGCGGAAGGCGGGAGUUCUGUCCUGUGCGCUUUGGGAUGAAAACAGAGGAUUAGGGGGAAGUCGACGGAGAAAGCGAAAGGAAGAAAAGCCAGCUAGCGGCGACGCAAAACCCAAAUCGGACGAGUUUUAGCUAAUCUCCACGAGAAGGAGUUUUUUUUUUUUUUAGAGAUGGUUGAGUUGGUUAGCUCUUCCCCUGGAGUGAAGGUGGAGGCAGAAUCCGACGGCGGCGGCUCUUCCUUGGAGGAUCAUCGCCGGCCUGGCCGCCUUCACAAACGCGCGAAGCUAGAGCUUUCUCUACAGGAACUGGAUGACCCACUUGAGGAGCCGAGCCCUUUGGGCUUGCGUCUGAAAAAGACUCCAUCUUUCUUAGAUUUGGUCCAAACCAAGCUCUCCCGGGACAAGACCGAUGGCGGGAAGAAGGGCACCGCCAGUUCAUCUGCUGCUGACACAAACAAGCUCAAAGCAUCCAACUUCCCCGCUACGCUCCUGAAAAUUGGGGAUUGGGAGUACAAAUCUAGGUAUGAAGGUGAUUUGGUGGGGAAAUGUUACUUUGCCAAGCAUAAGCUGGUUUGGGAAGUUCUGGAUGGUGGUCUUAAGAACAAGAUUGAAAUCCAGUGGUCUGAUAUUGUGGCCAUCAAGGGCUAUUUCCCCGACGAUGAUGAACUUGAGACCUUGCACGUUGUGCUAGCUAGGCCGCCCCUGUUCUUCAGGGAGACGAAUCCUCAACCUAGGAAGCACACUCUGUGGCAAGCCUCAACUGAUUUCACUGGUGGACAAGCCAGCAUGCACAAGCAACAUUAUCUGGAAUGCCAGCAGGGAUUCCUGCGGAAGCACUUUGAGAAACUCGUACAGUGUGAUCCUCGCCUUAGCAUUCUUAGCCAAAGGCCAGAGAUUCCGUCGACUUCUUCUCCAUAUUUCGACCAUAGAGUUUCAGCAUUUGGGGACUUGAAUGAACCAUGUGAAGAAGCUCUGGAUAUGAAGAAGUCGGAGGAAGGAACCUCACCAUCCGGAGUUCUGCCAACGACUUCCAACACUAGUACUGACUGCCAACUUUUCAUCGGUAGGCCCGGUGAAAGCACUUCUCAGAAGGCUCCUUUGACCAACCCUCGUGGACUUAUUCCACAGUCCAUGUCAAUCGAUGACCUCGUUAACUACAUUGGACACUGUACUUCAGAACUCAAAACUGGAGAAAUCCCUGUCUCGCUUGGGCAGCUCAAGAACAGCAACAUUCUGGAGGAGAUCACACAGCACUUGCUCAGCGAUUCUCAGUUUACCUCCUCGGAUGAGGAGUCUCACCUCAUGUCAAGAGUCAACUCUUUCUGCUGCCUGCUGCAGAAAGAUCCGGUCUCAGCACACAACUUUCUGUCAAAGAACCAGAGUGAUGCUUCUGAGGUGGACAAUUGCCGAAGGACAAUAGCUGGAAGUAAAGAAGCAGCAAUUCCCGUGGCAACUGAAGGGGAGAACAAAAGUGGCCUUCGGUACAAGACUGCUGGUCCUACAACCAUGCCAAGAAACAACUCAAUUGGGGAGCUUCUUCUCAACCUUCCAAGGAUUGCCUCUCUGCCAAGAUUCUUGCCCAACAUGUAGAGAAAACAUUCCAAGGUUUAUCGUGGAGGGUUCUGAUAUUUGCAACCGUGAAGGAUCUUUGAAUACUGUGUUCAGUGAUUGGUGGUGGUCAUGUUUGUACAUUCAUAUGUAGUGCUAAGGAGUUGAAACUGGUUUUCACCUGUAA